AUGGACCAGUCCACACAGAUUGAGAAAGGUCGUCCCGAGGUAGACGACGAUGACAACGACGACAGAGUGGUAAGAACAGGUGCCCCCCCCCCCUCCUCCUCUUCCUACGUCGCUGGUCUGCCAUGUUCUCCCUCUCCGGCGAGCUCCGAUCUCAGCUGGGCGGCGGUGAUCUCCUGCUGCAGGGACGCUGUGGACAUGCGUAGCGCACAUCAUCGCUGCGGUAAUCGGCUCUGGCGUGCUCUCCCUGGCAUGGAGCGUAGCGCAGCUCGGAUGGGUGGCGGGGCCGGCGACCAUGGUGUGCUUCGCCGCCGUCACCUACGUCUCCGCCUUCCUCCUCUCCGAAUGCUACCGGUCGCCGGACCCGGACACCGGCAGGAGGCACCAUUCCUACAUGGACGCCGUCAGGGGGAUCUUAGGUAGAGAGUGUGUGUGAGAGAGAAAGAGAGAGAGAGUAGAAUUCCAGAAUCAGAGUUUCUCCACCUUACUAUUAUCGGCGAAUGAUCUCUGUCAUGGCGGCGUUUCAGGGAAGAAGAGAACCUGGGCAUGCGGUCUGCUGCAGUACGUGAGCAUGUACGGCACCGCCAUUGCCUACACGAUCACCACUUCCACCAGCAUGAGGUGCUCCCCGCUGCGCCCAUUCCCGAAAGCUUCCAUCUUUUGCUUCUCCAGAUCAAUUAGGAACGAGCAGAACAGAUAAUUAUACGGAGAUCAGUAAUACGAAGAGAUCCUCUGCUUACAAUAGCCUUGUACAGUCGCCAUUGCUCGCUAACUCCGGAGAUCACCAAGAAAUUGCACUUUUUAUUCAUUGUUUUCUUGAUCUGGUCGGGUUUUUUUUUUCAGAACUGACAGUUUGUGAGAUGGUUUUUUCUAUAUUUUUAUAAUCUUUUCACUGCUUGCAUCUGAUAUUCCAACUCUAGCUUUUUCUGCAUUAUUUGAUUUCUGCCCUUGAAUGGUUUUCUUCAGCAUGAUCAUGUCUCAAGAUGGUUUUUUUUGGCAUAUUUAAAUCAUAUUACUCCAAUAGAGAUCACCCGAAAUUUCUUGAUCCUCUUCAUAAUUUUCCUGCUCUGCUCUUUAAGGUAUAUUUUUUUCCAAGCAUGACAGUUCUAGAUCUGUUUCUUUUUCUUUUCUUCGUAAUCAUAACCCAAUUAUACUAGGAUCAAUUGAACAUCGCAAAAGCUUCAUCAUUUUCAUGGCCUUAAUGGGUCUUCCAGUAUGAUUAGUAUUAAUCUAAAACUGAUUGCAGGGCAAUUCUGAGGUCAAACUGUUACCACAAGGAGGGCCAUGGAGCUAACUGCCAUUUUGGGAACAAAUCCAGCAUGCUGUUAUUUGGGGCAGUCCAGCUAGCCUUCUCCCAGAUACCCGACUUCCAGAACAUGGCCUGGCUCUCUGCCAUUGCCGCCGUCAUGUCCUUCUCCUACUCCUUCAUCGCCCUCGGCCUCGGCCUCGCCAAAGUGAUAGGUACUGCAAGCUCUGUUUCAUUCCCAAUGUGGAAGCCAGGCUUUUGCAUGGGUCUUUCCUCCUGCCGCACUAAAUAUUCUGUUGUUAAUCAUAGUUAAGGAUGAAGAGAGAAAUGUCCAAUAUCCUUCUUCUUCUCCAUUCUCGGUGAAAAGCCCAAGAUCCUUCCCCACUCUCAAUGCAGAACUUGAUGGGUUCAAACUUCGCUUCUUGAUCUUCUUCAGUUACUAAUCAUAGUAAUCGUGAACACAACAGCCCAAUAAUCCUACUCUUAAACAGUAGAACAACGUGGUUCUUGUUCUUCUUCUUCAUCCAUGAGUUCUUCAAUCAGUAAUCUGGGCAAGCCCAAAACCCCCAACAUCCUGAAUGGUCUGCUUUCUUUCCGCAUCUAAUUGGGUGGGCAUUGGAAUCUACACCUGUAACAUCAACCAAUGUGGAGUUAAACCUCUUGUUCUCGUGAAAUCUUCAGGAAAUGGUCGGAUCAAGGGGAGCAUCCAGGGCGUGGCCACGAGAACGACCGCCCAGAGAGUGUGGAAGGUCUCUCAGGCUCUCGGAGACAUCGCCUUUUCCUAUCCCUACUCAUUUAUUCUCAUCGAGAUACAGGUACAGCUCCUUAUGCUCUGAGAGAUCUUUCAGCGAACAUCUUAUCUGCAACCGAUGAAAAACCAGACCCUUGCCAUUGAAAUCGUGGGAAACACAGUGUUCUUGAACGAAUCAUCUAUAGAAAAAAGAACUAAUCAAUACUUUCGAGAAUAGAAAUCUUUGAUUACAGAGACGGAGAGACUGAUGAAUCAUUCAUUUACCUUCUUCCUUGUGGGGUUGAAGGACACGCUGAAGUCGCCGCCGGCGGAGCACCGGACGAUGAAGAGGGCGUCGGUGAUCUCCGUCGCCAUGACCGCGUUCUUCUACCUCUGCUGCGGCUGCUUCGGGUAUGCCGCCUUCAGCGACGAGACCCCCGGGAACAUCAUGACCGGGUUUGGCUUCUACGAGCCCUACUGGCUCAUCGACUUCGCCAACGCCUGCAUUAUCCUGCACCUCGUCGGAGGUUACCAGGUCAACACCGUCACCGAUUCAAGAAGUCAACACGUAUUCCCCUCCAAUCUUCCUCUAAUCGAGAGCUCCUCGAUCGGUGCAGGUCUACAGCCAGCCAAUCUUCGCGUUCGCGGAGCAGUGGUGCGGCAGGCGGUUCCCCAGUAUGGUCAACAUGUUCUUCAGCUUCCACGUACCUCUGGUGAGGGCCACCCCAGUCAGGGUCAACAUCUUUAGGCUGUGCUUCAGGAGCCUCUACGUGGUGUCCACCACGGGGGUGGGGAUGCUCUUUCCCUACUUCAACCAGGUGCUGGGCGUGGUGGGGGCCCUCAUCUUCUGGCCUCUGGCCGUCUACUUCCCUGUGGAGAUGUACCUGACUCAGAGGAAGGUGAGGGCGUUGACCCCGAGGUGGGUCGCCCUCGAGGCCUUCAGCGCCGUCUGCCUGGUGGUCGGCGCCUUGACUCUCGUGGGUUCCCUGCAGGGGAUCAUCAGCGAGAAGUUCAAGUAG